AUAGGUUAACCCCGCAGCACUAAUGCAGUCAACGUCUACAACGUAUUCUUACGUUACCUUCGUGCGCGCGAUACCCUAUUUCCACAACGCCCAGAACUUUGGAUUCGUGCGAACGGCUCCGUUCCUGUGCGUUCCUGGUUCAUUCGCUUCCUUCGCAACUUCUUCCCGCGUGACAUCGCUGGCCACUCCAUGCGUUCCGGUGGUGCCACCUUUCUCGCCGAACAGGGAACACCACCUUCUCUCAUUCAAGCUGCAGGGCGAUGGACAUCUGAUGCAUGGCAAGCCUACAUCCGCAAGCACCCCCUCCUCCUCAAUGUUUUCCUCUUCGCCAAUCGGCUCCUUGCGCGACCACCCAUUGCGUGAACCCCGGCAACGUGCUCUUCUUUUUAUUAUCGUGAUCAGUAUCUCCAAAAUCUUUCAUACAUCUUCCAUCCUCCACACCAUUAGACCUUAGCGACUCCGUAUAAAAACUCGAGCAGCAC